AUAACGGUGUUCAUAAAUUUUGGCACACAUGUUGGAAAAAUCCAGAAUUCAGCUAGUACACUGCUGCAAGAGUGUGUUGUUGGCGUGAAACAGGUCACAGUGAUUAUAUACAGUUAGCCUACUGAUACCCCCAAAUAGCCAUGAGUACGGAUGAACUAAGGAAGGAUGCUGCAGAAUUGAAAGGUUUCCUGGAAACUGCAUCUCGUCCCAGAGUAAAAGAUAUUUUAUCUGUAGAACUUCGGAAGAUAGAAACAGAUAUCAUCAACAAAGAGGAGGCUGACAGAACAAGUGACGUUGCCAUGGAAACAGAAACUGCUAAACCUACAACAGAGGGACUAAAAAUCAAACAGCCUCGUUCUGUAUCCUACAUACAGGAGAAAACUUAUGCUUGGGAUCAGUCGGAAAAAUUCAUGAAAAUCUAUGCCCAGUUGCCUGAUGUCCAAAGUUUACCCACGGAUAAAAUCACUUGUGAUUUUACUUCAAGGUCAUUUAGACUGCAAGUAAAUGAAUUGAAAAAUAAAAAUCAUGAGUGGCACAUAGCAAACUUAAUGGAGGAGAUUGUUCCAGACAGCAGCUAUUUCAAGGUAAGAUCAGACAGCAGCUAUUUCAAGGUGAAGACUAACAGUGUCUUGGUGAUGUUGAAGAAAAAAGCAGUGAAGACAUGGCCUUAUGUUACAGAAAGAGAGAAAAAAGCACAGGAUAGUAAAAAACCCAAGGCAGACGAGAGCAAGGACCCUAACGAUUCUCUGAUGGACAUGUUGAAGCAAAUGUAUGAUGACGGAGAUGAUGAAAUGAAAAAGAACAUCAGCAAAGCCUGGAGUGACUCUCGCAACAAGCAGAGUGUCAUCGAAUAGGUGGAGACUUUAUUUUGUGUUAACCUGAUGGAAGUUUAUCCAUGUCAUACAUACACUGUCAACUGUUGUGAAAUUACUCUGUGAAGCAAUUUGUUUUGAUUUUGAAUAAUUUUGUUGUGAAGUACAUGUAUAGGCAAAACUAUCAUUUCAUGUUGGAUCAUCUCCAUUUCAUUUGAUAAAAUGAAUUAAGUCAUACUGAAUCUGAUGUUAACUAGAGCAUUGUAAGAAAUAAAACCUUUUUAUUCCAU